UGAAGCCUGCGGGAGUCGGAGCUGUGGCGGUUACGCGGCCCAGGCUGCGGGGGGCUGAACGAAGAGGCUUUCGGUCGUCUUUGGCCUCAUGAACGGACGGCAAAGAACGCUCUUCCAGACGUGGGGCCCCAGCCUUGCCCGACCCGCCCGGGCCCCGGGUUGCAGCCUCCGGAGGGAGCUACCCCCGGACCCCGGCGGCUCCCCGGCGCGUGCGUCCGCGGCGGCCCCUCCGCAGGCCCAGCCCGCGGCGGAGGAGGCCCAGCCCGACUCGGAUGACGACGUGUUGCUGGUGGCGGUGUUGGAGGCCGAGCAGCAGCUGAGGGUAGAGAAUGGCGGCUUCUGCACCUCCUCGGGCUCCCUGUGGAUUUAUCCUACCAAUUGUCCGGUGCGGGACUACCAGCUGCACAUCUCCCGCACCGCCCUGUUCUGUAACACCCUGGUCUGCCUGCCUACCGGGCUGGGGAAGACCUUCAUUGCGGCCGUGGUCAUGUACAAUUUCUACCGCUGGUUCCCUUCUGGCAAGGUGGUUUUCAUGGCGCCCACCAAACCCCUGGUGACGCAACAGAUCGAGGCUUGCUUUCAAGUGAUGGGUAUUCCGCAGUCCCACAUGGCCGAAUUGACAGGUUCGACUCAAGCUCUCACCAGGAAGGAAAUAUGGUACAGUAAGAGAGUUCUGUUUCUUACACCUCAGGUCAUGGUAAAUGACCUUACUAGAGGAGCUUGUCCUGCUGCUGAUAUCAAGUGUCUAGUUGUUGAUGAAGCUCAUAAAGCUCUUGGGAACUAUGCUUAUUGCCAGGUUGUAAGGGAACUGCUUAAAUAUACAAGUCACUUCAGAAUUUUGGCACUUAGUGCCACACCAGGUAGUGAUAUAAAGGCUGUGCAGCAGGUUAUUACUAAUCUACUCAUUGGGCAGAUAGAGCUUCGUUCCGAAGAUUCUCCAGAUAUUUUGCCAUAUUCUCAUGAAAGACGAGUUGAAAAGCUUGUUGUUCCCCUUGGGGAAGAACUGGCAGCCAUUCAAAAAACAUACAUCCAGAUUUUGGAAACAUUUGCAAGCUCUCUGAUUCAGAGGAAUCUUUUGAUGAGAAGCGAUAUCCCCAAUUUAACAAAGUACCAGAUAAUUCUGGCAAGAGAUCAAUUUAGGAAAAACCCAUCUCCAAAUAUUGUGGGAAUACAUCAAGGCAUAAUUGAGGGAGAGUUUGCCAUUUGUAUCAGUUUAUAUCAUGGUUACGAAUUACUGCAGCAAAUGGGAAUGAGAUCAUUAUAUUCUUUUCUUUGUGGAAUUAUGGAUGGAACAAAAGGAAUGGCACGGGCAAAAACUGAACUUAGCCGAAAUGAGGACUUCAUGAAACUCUAUAGCCAUCUAGAGUGCAUUUUUGCACAUACACCUGGCACUUCAGCAAGUGAUAAUGCUCGUAUCCACAAAGGAGAUAGAAGUAAAGAUUUUUUCUAUAGUCAUCCAAAGUUAAAGAAAUUAGAAGAAGUUGUAAUUGAACAUUUCAGGUCAUGGAAUGCUAAAAACACCUCUGAAAAGAAAAAUGAUGAAACAAGAGUUAUGAUUUUUUCAUCAUUUCGAGACAGCGUUCAGGAAAUUGCAGAAAUGCUUUUAAAACAUCAGCCGGUUAUUAGAGUGAUGACAUUUGUUGGCCAUGCUACAGGGAAAAGCAUGAAAGGUUUUACCCAGAAGGAGCAAUUAGAGGUAGUGAGACGAUUUCGUGAUGGUGGUUACAACACAUUGGUCUCUACCUGUGUUGGUGAAGAAGGUUUGGAUAUUGGGGAAGUUGAUCUUAUAAUCUGUUUUGAUGCCCAGAAGAGCCCGAUUCGCCUGAUACAACGAAUGGGGAGAACUGGCCGCAAACGUCAAGGCAGGAUUGUGGUGAUCCUUGCUGAAGGCCGUGAAGAGCGGACGUACAACCAGAGUCAGUCCAACAAAAGAAAUAUUUAUAAAGCUAUUUCAGGUAGCAGACAGAUCCUUCAUUAUUACCAAGGAAGUCCACGAAUGGUUCCUGAUGAUAUCAACCCAAAAUUACACAAAAUGUUCAUCACUCAUGGUGUCUUCGAGUCAGAAAAGGCAUCUCGGAGUGUGCGGCGCAAGUCCUCCAGGGAAAGAAUGAGGCAAAAUCAGUCACGUAAAGAUUGCUUCUUAACAGAAGAAGAAUUUAAAUUAUGGAACAGACUCUAUAGAUUAAAAGACAGCGAUGAAAUUAAGGAAAUAACCUUGCCCCAAGUUCAUUUUCCAUCUUUACAAGAUGAAGAAAACAUAUCAACUCAAACACCAACUACUGGAGUUCAUCAGCUGUCUCUCUCUGAGUGGAGAGUAUGGCAGGAUCAUCUUUUGCCUACAUAUCAGGUGGACCAUUCAGAUCGAUGCCAACACUAUGUAAGCAUUAUGCAGAUGAUAGAAGGAAUGAGACAUGAAGAGGGUGAAUGCAGCUAUGAAUUGGAAAUCAAAUCUUAUUUACAAAUGGAAGAUGUUAGCACAACAUUUAGCAUUCCUAGGAAUGAAUAUUUGAAUCUUGCUAAUGAUACCAUUACUACUCAUAAGAAAUCUUUACUAGCCCAGAAUAUACAUCAAGGCAGUUUGUUCUCGAUGGAAUUUGAUGAAGAUCAUGAUGAAAUUUUUAAACAAACGCACACCAAAACUACUGAUAGUGGUUCCCUGAAGAAACCAUCCUGUAAAGAAAUGAAAAAAGAUGAGCAUAAAGGAGAAAAGAAUGAUGUGCAUUUUUUACAUAGUGACACAAAUUUUACUGUUCAAAAUGUUUCUCAGGUAGACUUAACAAAUGGUAAAAGGAUUUCAGGUUCACAUAAUAUUGCCGAAACAUGCACUGUUAAUCAGCUAGGUGUGUCAUCAGUGGAAUGUCAGUUUAUAAAUAAGUCGACCAUUUCAUUUAUGGGAAGUCUUUUAGAUUCUGGUUUUAACAGUUUCAGUGAUGAGAAAUCUGUUCCCUUCAACUUAUAUCUUCCAUCUGAAGAACUUUUUGCUGUGAGAACAGAUGAACAAUUUGAUGUUCACUACUCAUUGGCAAAAGAGGUUCUAGCUAAUGUAGACAGAUUUUUAGCUCAUUCUCCCCCACCCCUCAGUGAACUCUCAGACUUGGAAUAUGAUAUUGCUAAAAGUUUUAUACUUGAAGAUUUGCAUUCUCUACCAUACGAAGAACAUUUACAAAAUCCUAAGUCCACUUCUGUGAUGGCCCAUGCAUUGGAAGAUUCGCAACAAUAUUUAGAAGUAGGUUCAGGUAAACUUAGUCAUCCUUCUAUAAAAAGUUCUAUCUUUGAUAUGACUAAUGACUGGAACUCCAACAAGUCGUGUUUCCAUGAGUGUGAUGAUAAAAUACACAAUAAUAUUAAAAGUGAAAAUUUGAUAUCUAAUAGUCAUGGUGGAAUACACGUAGAUUCUACAAAGAAUUUGGUAGACAAAAAAACCUAUGAUGUUUAUAACAAUGACUGCCCAGUAUCCCUCUCUGACCAGAGUUUGCUACUAUUUGAAGAUGAUAAUGAGUUUAAUGAUGUGCAUCUUUCUCCCCUAAAGAGCAAUGAAAAAUCUUCAUGUGUGUCAGAGGAAAUACCUGUUAGUGAAAUGAUGGCUCCAAUCUCUCAUUUCUUAAUUUCUGACGAGCUACUGCUUGGUGAUGAUUCUGAUCCCCAAGAUCAAAUCAUCUCUGAUACUAAUAGUUGGAAAUCUCGUGAAAAUUUGAAAGAUAGACAUGUGGAAACACCGAAGAAGGAUGAAUAUGUUUUUGAUUGUUCUAGAGAUUUAUUUUCUGUUACCUUUGAUUUAGGGUUUCAUAGUCCAGAAUCUGAUGAUGAAAUAGUAGAACAUGCAUCAGAUAGGAUUAACAAUGGACUUUCAGAUGAUUUGAAUAGAAAGACUUUAGAUAUUCCGGAGUUCAAGAAUACAAAUUAUGUUUCAAAUCAACAUGGAGAUUGUGUUGAAAAAUUUACAAGUGGAACCAAAUCUACUGUAGCAAGAGAAGAAAUUCAGAGUCCAGAUUUUGUACAUUUUCCAGUGAAUGCAGCAGAGUGUCCAGAAUUUAUGUCUCCUCGUUUUGGGAAGUUUUCCUUGCCAGUAGGCGAAAAAGCUAUGAGUACACCACUUUCUGAAUCAAAAGCAAUGAAUUCACUUUCUAAAAUAAGGAAGAAUAUUCUUAAGACACUAGAUUGUAAUAAUCAAAAAAGUGAUCUACAAAGUUUCAAAAAUACAUUGAGUUUAACUUUUGGUGAUUCAGAAUUUUCUCUAGAAAAGGCCAAAAGCAGUGAACAAACUUAUCUUCAUCCGUCAUAUCAUUACUCUGCUGAAGAUGAACAAUUAUUUGUAAGUAGUGAAAGUGAAGAUGAGAUUUCUCUAAGAAAAUGUAAAAAACCAAAAGGAAAUGUUUUAAAGUCCCCUGAGGAACAGAAGAGUAGUGAAGUUGAUUCUCCUGUUCAUGCUGUCAAAAAGCGCAGAAUUCUUAUUCCAGAAUUAUCAUCUAGUAAUGAGAGUGAGAAUUUCCACAGAUCACAAUUAGAAGACUUCAAAUGUAACAGGGAUGCCAGAAAAGGAAUCAAAGGCCAAAAGAGACAGAGUCACGUAAAGGGAUUGGCUAGGAUGUUUUUAGAUGAUGAAGCAGAAGUUUCUGAAGAAGAUUCCAAUUGUGUUUCAUCAGAUGAAAAUGAGUCAGAGAAUGAGCAGGAUUCCUCAAUACUUGACUUCCUAAAUGAUGACACUCACCUUUCACAAGCUGUAAAUGAUUCUGAAAUGAGGGCAGUUUACAUGAAAUCUUUGCAUAGUCCACUGAUGAGCAAUAAGAACAAAAUGGUUCAUAAGAAACAUAACAACAUGAAUAUUUUCUCACAGAUUCCUGAACAAGACGAAUCUUAUUUAGAAGACAGUUUCUGUGUCGCUGAAGUAGAGUCCUCCAAAAGCCAAUCAAGUGGCGAAGAAGUUUGUGUUGAUUUUAGCCUAAUAAAGGAAGAUAGUUUUGCAGAAGGGAAUAAAAAAUAUAAAACCCGACGUGCACUAAUGCUGAAGCAGAUGAACAAAGAAAACCGUACACGUUCCAAAAAGAAGUUAUCGAGAAUUGUUUUUCCAGAUGAUUCAAGUGAGGAGGAAAAGAAUGAAGAGGGCUCCCGCACUGUGCUCCAUGUUCACUUGGGUAGUGAUGAUUUGGAUGUGGUGCCUUGUGGGCCUCCAUCACUGCCCAGGGGCCUUUCUAAUGCAGUAGGAAAGCUAUCACCAAAGCCAAGACAAAAGAUGCUUCCUAAUUUGAAGGACACAAGUUCUGAGGAAUUAGGAUUCAAGCCACAGAGACAUAGUAAAAUCAAACCUAUGUCAUCACCUGGCCCUGCUCUUGAGUCACAGAAAGAAGAUGGACAAUGCCCAGCUGGGUUAAAGGUUGAAAGUGCUCUGGAGGACCCUUGCACUUCCCAGGAAUUCUCCUUUAACUCAAGACCACCUGUGGCUGACACGCUUCCUUCCCUUAGACCUCCAGUGGAAGGAAAAAGGACCUGUAUUCUUGUAAAUAGUCGUGAAAUCACUUCUGGUUUAGAAGUAAUUUCUUCCUUAAGAGCAAUUCAUGGGUUACAAGUAGAGGUUUGUCCUCUGAAUGGCUGUGAUUACAUUGUGAGUAGCCGCAUGGUGGUAGAAAGGAUGUCGCAAUCUGAGAUGUUAAAUACUGCCAAUAAGAACAAGCUCGUCAAGCAGAUCCAGCACUUGCACAGCAUGUUUGAAAGAAUAUGUGUGAUUGUAGAAAAAGACAGAGAAAAAGCAGGAGACACAUCAAGGAUGUUUAGAAGAACAAAGAGCUAUGACAGUCUGCUAACGGCUUUAGUUGGUGCAGGAAUCCGAAUUCUUUUCAGUUGUGGACAAGAAGAAACUGCACAUUUGCUAAAGGAACUUUCUUCAGUGGAACACAGAAAGAACGUUGGCAUUCAUGUUCCAGCAGUGAAUACUAAAACACGCGAUGCACUUCAGUUUUAUUUAAGUAUUCCCAACAUAAGUUACAUAACUGCAUUAAAUAUGUGCCACCAAUUUUCAUCUGUGAAAAAGAUGGCCAACAGCUCGCCCCAAGAAAUCUCCAUGUAUGCACAAGUAACUCAUCAAAAAGCCGAGGAGAUCUAUAGAUAUAUUCACUAUGAAUUUGACAUACAAAUGUUACCAAAAGAUCUUAACCAAGAUAGACUGAAAUCUGACCUGUGAUCAGACUGCUCAAGAUGUGAUUAUCAGAGAAUUUUCCAUAAUACUAAAUGCACUACAGUCAUCACUUGUGGUCUGUAUUGGACUAAAAUAUGUAAAUAAGAGUUUAUCACGUAAAAUGUUAAUACUGUGUAUUUUUAUUUAUAUAAAUUACU